AUGAAACUAGUGGUAGUUAAUUCAAGCAGACAAGCUAUUACGGUGUUUACUGAGGGUGUCCGUAUCUCUUUCGUCCAUGCUAGUUACUUGCUUAUUUCUCGUAGCAGAUUAUGGCGGAAACUGAAUGGAGCUAAUAUUGAUAUUCCUUGGCUUGUUAUGGGUGAUUUUAAUUGUGUUUUACGCAAUGAAGAAAAGAAGGGGGGUUUAGAACCGAGGCUUUCCGCUACUAAUGAAUUUAGUGAUUGGAUGGAUGAUAACAAUUUUUUUGAGGUUGACUCUUUGGGUACUACUUUUACGUGGGAAAAUGGGAAGUCUGGGGUUCAAAUAAUUAUUACCAAGCUUGACCAUGCUAUUAUUAAUGAAGCUUGGUUAACCAAAUUCGAGAAUUGGCGGUAUUUUAUACGAGUGGUUAACGAGAGUUGGAAUACGCCAGUGGUGGGCAAUCCGGAUUUCAUUUUUCCAUAUAAAUUGAAAUGCUUGAAGCUAGCUUUAAAGGAUUGGAAUCAACAUGUUUUUGGCAAUGUGAAUGUACAUCUCAAGCAAACUCAAUUACAUUUUGAAUCUGCUAUUAAUAUUUCCGAUGCGGAUCCGACGGAUGAAGCCAAAUUUAACUCUAUGAAAGAUGCUUCAGAGGAAGUUCAAGACAUAAGAGUUCAACAAAACAUUAUGCUUAAACAAAAAUCCAUAAAUAAAUGGCUUUUUGAGGGUUCUAGUAAUUUGAGUUUCUUCCAUAGUAACAUUUGGGUUCGUAGGAAUAAUAAUACCAUCUAUGAAUUAGUUGAUGAUUCAGGAAUGACAAUUACGGAUUGUGACCAGCUCCGUAUUCACGUCGUUAAUUACUAUGAGAGUAAAUUCAAUAGCACAAGUCAGCAAAUUGAGGAGUAG